GUGCUUCCUCAGUUCAUGAUCAUGGUGUUGAUCUCCUAUCUCGAUCGCAGCAAUAUUGGCAACGCGAGAGUGUUUGGCUUUGAAGAAGGCCUCAACUUGACUGGUCAUCAGUUCAACGACAUCAGUACUGUAUUCUAUGCAACUUACGUCGUCUUCGAAGUCCCGUGGGUCAUGGCCGUGAAGCGUUAUGGAGCCAACACUGUCCUCGGCAUAGCACUAGUAUUGUGGUCAACAGUGACUUUGUGCACCGGAUUCGUCCAGAACUACGCACAGUGCAUCGUGGUUCGACUACUCCUCGGUGCGGCCGAAGCAGGGCUGUUUCCCGCUCUGUCGUUUAUCAUUUCCACCAUCUGGGAUCGAGGGAAUCAGGCCAAGCGAGUCAGCUUGCUCUACAUGUCCAGUGCUGCGAGCGGCGCCGUUGGUGGCCUUUUUGCAUAUGGGAUACAAUCUAUGGGUCGUCAGAAAGGCCUCGACGCCUGGAGGUGGCUCUUUAUCGUCGAGGGUGCGAUUAGCCUCUUCAUAUGUACUUUGGUCUGGUUUACUCUACCCAAGAAUGCGGAGGAAGCCUGGUUCUUGAACGCCUCCGAAAGAGCUGUCAUGCGAGCUCGCAAAGCACGAAAUUCGCUCUACAUUGGAUCUGACGAGUUCGACUGGAAGUACGUAAAACAGGCUUGCACCGACCCAUUCGUCUACGCCUCAGCAAUUUUAUUAUUCUGUUCCUCGAUUCCUCUCUUCGGAUUCGGGACGUUCCUUCCCACCAUUAUCAAAGGCCUCGGCUACGAGGGUCUCGCACCGAAUUACCUCUCCAUACCAUGUUACGUGCUCGCGGCGAUUUCACUCAUCACCUGGACCACACUAUCGGAUCGCCUCAACAAACGAGCAUUAUUCGCAUUUCUCGCACCGAUACCAUGUGUCAUUGGCUAUGCCAUUGUGGUCGGCACCCCAUCCGCCUCACUGGGCUUCUUCGCCAUGUUUCUCUGCGCCGCAGGAAUCUACCCUUACAACGCUCUAAUUUUCACCUGGGUGUUGAAUAACUUGAGUCCCGACUGGAAGCGAUCCGUGGGCGCACCGCUGUUCGCUUCCUUGGCGAAUCUCAGUGGCGUGGUCAGCAGUCAGAUUUAUCCCUCGAGCGACAGUCCGCGUUAUUUGAAGGGGAAUGCGAUCUCGCUUGCUAUGGAGGCUAUUGCGUGCGGAGGGGUUCCUUUGGUGUGGUUACUGCUCAAGCGACGUGAACAAGCGAAGGAGCGAGCGUUGCGUGAAGGCAAGGCCGAUAAUGGGUAUGGAGAAGAGGAUCGGGGCUUGAAGUUUAGGUACGCUUUGUAA